AUGUACACGGCCGGUCUGUGUACACUUUUCUCUCUGCUUAUGUCUUCUCUGGUCUCUGGUCUACCGGUGCGUGUAGUCAAUGGCGGGGCCGAUUUGAGAGACGAGAAUGGUGCACGCCGGCGAGGCAUCACUUUGCCCAUGAAGGGCAGAGCAGUGGUCAAGCGGAACGUGGAGGAGCUGCUUGUGGGGUCGAUUGGACUGGGUGAUUUCGCCGACGUCGUGUACACUGUUGCCAUACAGAUCGGGAAUACUACAACGGCGGUCAACCUUGACACAGGUUCAAGCGACUUGUGGGUCAUGUCGACGUCCUGUCAGACCUCCGUCUGUAGGCAAUCCAAUGCAACGGCGUUUUCAGUAGCGACCUUCCAGUCCACUGAAGCCAACGUCAACCUGACAUUUGGCGACGCGACUACGGGGACCUUCGCUGCAGGCCCUAUCGGUUUGGACAAUGUCACUCUUGCUGGCCUCUCCUUGCCUAAUCAACCCUUUGCUGCCGUUGACAACACUGAUAAUACUGCUGUCUUGAACGGAGGUGCUGGUAUCAUCGGUCUCGGUUUCCCAGCUGAGAGCACUAUCCAGAACGAGGUUGUCGCUCAGAAGUUCAACAAUCCUUCGACAACGGACGACUUCAUCUCGAACAUCAAUACUUAUGGUCCAUUCGUGUCCCGCCUUGUAGCAUCUGGUGUAAUUGAUCAGCCUCUUUUUGCAAUCACUCUGCAAAGAGACACGAUCGACGUUAGCGGUAGCGGGAAAAUCACGAUUGGGGAACUUCCCGCGGGCGUUGACAACUCGUCCAUCACUUGGGUGCCUGUCCGUUUGUAUGAUCCCGCUGAAGGUGGCUUAGAUCCUCCGACAUUCGCCAGCAACGAAUCCUAUCCAUUGCGUUGGGAGGUUCCUAUAGAGAACGUCUACCUUGAUGGCAAACAGCUGGCGAACUCGACAAUACCUCCUAACGGCGUCCCCUCGUCAUUCGUAUCUGCGCUGAUUGAUAGUGGCAACUCCCUCAUUCGCGGCCCUCAAGAUGUCGUUAACAACAUCCUGAGCACUGUUUCCCCCCCGACACUCCCCUGCGCGAGCGCCCACAACCUCACCUAUCAAAUCGGCGGUAGGCUCUUCCCCGUCGACCCACGCGACUUCAUCGCCCAGGCUGAGAAUGGGAACGCGUCGACGUGCGUCGCGAGCAGCGUCGUAUCGACGGACCCUCCGAGCGUAGGCACGCUGUUCAGCUGGAGCCUCGGUGACCCGUUCCUCAAGUCGAAUAUGGUGGUGUUCUACUACGGUAAUCUGACGCACCCAUCCGUGGAUCCGCCUCGUAUCGGCUUCCGGUCGAUGGUGCCAACGAAUGCAUCAGCCCUCCUCGACGAGGCGGUGUCAGUUGCAUCACAGGAUCAUGGCAACUUUGAAUCUACGGUCAAUGUCGCGCCGACAUCGAGCGAGGUUUUUGAGAUCACUGUGACUUCCACUGCUACGACGUCUGCUCCCUCGCAUAGCAUGCCACCAAUAGAUAGAACGUCCAGUCAAAACUCGUCUGCUUCGGUAACAAAGCCACAUCUUUUCCGGAGUUGUUUUUCCAUUGUCGCCCCAGUUGUGUAUUUGUCGUUCUUACUGGUUUUCUGAGCCCAAACACUUGCUGAAUGCGUGAUUGU